UGCCAGCGAUCGUACCGCCUACUACACGUUGGCCACACAGGAGGAGAAGCUGAAGGGCGUGGCCGAGUACGCGAUCGUCAAGAGUAUUGAUUGCCCGGCCGGCUGGGAGCAAGACCAGGACAACCUCGGCUUCCGCUACUGCUUCAAGUUCUCCGCGGCGCCUUUGGCGUUUGACGACGUGCAGUGUGACUGUCGGCGUUAUGGGCCGCUCGUCGACAUCGCCUACUACCACAAUAUGGAGCAGAUGCAUCGAAUUGCUGACCGAGAGCUCCUGCUCGAGCUCGGCGUGGCCGAAGGGACGUGCACCGACGAUCUGCCCAUCACCGAGUGCCUCCAGGCGCUGCCCAAGAACGAGUGGCCGCCCAAGGCUCGCCCAUGUGCCCCCGAGGCGCUGUACGGCAUCUGCUCGGCGUAUCCGUCGAUGAUCAAGAACCAGCUCGUGGACCCGGAAGGCUGC